AUGCCUCAUUCAGACCACUCCGCCUCCCCGACAUGGGACGCCUUCCCCGACCUCCCACCCUUCUCAAAGUCUGUCCCCACAGCACCUCUCCUCCGCAUAUCGCUCUCCAAGCUCCUAGCCCAUGAUCCCGAUGAGGAAGAACGCUGCUGGAAAGCAUGCUGCGACCUGGGCUUCUUCUAUCUCGACCUUCAUACUUCCGACGCUUCCCAGGAAAUCGAUGGCGGAGCGCUACUCCAUAAUGCGGAGGAGCUGUUUGAAGUGAUGAAGGGCUUCUUCGAGCUACCGGUGGAAGAGAAGACGACGUACGAUUUUGCGGACAAGGGGAGCUAUUUUGGGUACAAGGGGUAUGGGAAGGGGAUUGUGGAUAAGAAGGGGACGAAAGAUCGGAAUGAGUUUUACAACAUCUCGAAAGACGACAUCCUCGGCCUGAGCAAACGACUCCCCUCCGCAGAAGUCCUGAACCCGCACCGCUCGCUCUAUGAAUCCUACAUUCGUUCCUCACACGCUAUCUGCAUGCUCGUAACCUCGCUUCUCUCUUCUCGCCUCCCGCUCCUACCCGUAGUACGCGACGCCGGCGGUCUGCCGGCAUUGCACAAGCUCGACGCCGUCUCGGGCGACCAGAUCCGCUUCAUCAAAGCGCCGCCGCAGGAACAAUCGCUCGAAGGCGUUGCCCUGGGCGAACACACAGAUUUCGGCAGCGUAACGGUGCUGUUCAACCGCCUCGGGGGCCUCCAAGUCCGCCUGCCGGAUUACAUCCAGCCCCUCCAACCGUCCUCCUCUGCUCCAUCCUCCCCUGUGGAACAGGCCCUCUGCACGUCCGGCUGGACAUACGUGCGUCCGCUCCCCGGACACUGCAUCGUCAACCUCGGCGACGCCCUCGUCAAGUUCUCCUCCGGCAAGCUGCGCAGUAAUAUUCACAGGGUUGUUGCGCCGCCGGGCGAGCAGGGGAAGGUGACGAGGUACAGUCUUGUGUAUUUCUGUCGGCCGGAGGAUGACGUGAGGUUGAGGAGCUUGGUGGAGGGUGGGGUAGAGGGAGAAGAAGAGGAAGUUAGUGCGAAGGAGUGGAUUUUGAGGAGAGCGCUGGGGAGACGGAAGGAGGAUGGGUGGGAGAAGAGUGGUGGGACGGAAGGGGUGAGUAUGAGGGGUGGGAAGUAA